AUUGUUUCUGGUUUGUUUCUGCUCCUUCAAGAAGGAGCGGUAGCAGAAAUUAGAGUGGGAACUGGUUUCUCAAAACAGAUUCCUGCUUUGAAAAAUAAUGGUGGAAUCAGUUCCAAAUACCGUUCUUUUUUUAGGCUCGAAUUAAAGCAACACGAGCUACUAAUUUCGUCUCCAACCCUCCUCCAAUCAGAAGAAAAAUGGGUGAUAAACUUACCCUAAAGGAUUUAGAUCUUCCAUUGCAAAAGUUAAUUUUGGGUCCCAGGAAAAAGCUUCUUGUGCUUUGUCUUGGUGGCUUACUGGUGCACAGGGUGCACAUUAGAGAUAAGCACACCGUUCGUGGGUUCAAACCAGACUACACUCAUGGGAAAUUCCGGGUGUUUGAAAUGAAUUUGGAGCAGUGUUCAAGAGACCAUUUUGCAAUGAAUUCCUGGAUUUUUGCUUUGACCGAUUUGUGGUCGGGUUAUGGUCGUCCGCAAUGGACCAUAAUAUUGAUGAUGCUUUAAGAUGUGUCAUUGGUGAUGAUUCUAGAAACAAGUUGGCUUUUUUUUGGAGUCAAAUGCAAUGCAGAGAUUCUGGAUAUGGUUGUCCGGGAAGGAAGGCAAAACCCGUAUAUCUUAAACGUUUGAAAGAUCUUUGGGACAAGAAACCGGGCUGUCAUAAUAGAUUUCCAUGGGAAAAAGGGCAAUAUUCAGCUUCUAAUACUUUGUUGAUUGAUACUGAACCUCAUGUAUCUCUUCUGAACCCGGUUAAUACGGCUAUAUUUCCGGAACCGUUCAAAAAACCCAAUCCUGAAGAUGCAUAUUUAGAGGUUUUUGGAGGGUCUUUCCAGUCAAGAUAUUGAUGUUCCUACUUAUGUGAAGGACAGAAGGAGCAUCGCAUCGGGAGGCCUCCUAUAACCCCGUCACAUCCCAACUGGGCCUUCUAUCAGAAGGUCGUUCAUCGCUAUCGCUCUAGUAAUAAUACGGAGUAAUAAAUAACAUAAAAGUUGCUCCACAAAAAUGCUAGUACUAGUAACUUUGAAUAUUAAGUUUGGUCUAAUGCCAUCAUUAUAAUUGUUCUAUCAAGAGUUUUGGAUGUGAAUGAAUGCAUUUGAAUGAAGUAUGUGCUUAUUCUAUACGUACUGCGUAUGGGUAUGAAUACAAGGUUAUCUGGUGUGUUUAUAUUUUGGUCGAAAACUUU